GGGUGCGGCACACAAUAUAAUUGCCCGAUUACAUAUAUAAAUGAAUUCAACAGACGCGGUUUUCAAUUUCAACUUCCAUUAACGAACCAAUUUCCAAAAUCCCCAAAUCCCCAAAAUCCCCAAAAUCCCUAUUUUGCAAUUCAGGUAGCCGAGGAGAGAGAUGGACGGUGGCGAUUCUCCGGGACAGGGAACAGUGACGUGUGGAACGUGGAUUCGGCGGCCGGAGAAUAAGCAUUUGGUGGUGGUCGGUAAAACGACGCCGUCUUCUCUCGAGAUAUUCUCCUUUGAUCCCGAGACCACCUCACUCUCUGCCUCUCCCAAGGCUAAGUAUGAAUUUGAAGAAGGGGUAAUUCCGGUAACUAUCUCGGUGCACCCGAAUGGAGAAGAAUUAGUUUGUUCAACCAGCGCUGGUGAUUGCAAAUUGUUCGAGUUGAGUGAUAAGGAAGACAAGAUAAAACUUACUGCCAAAGAACAAAUUCCGCUGCAGGGAAUUGGCCUUCAAAAGUGCUUAGCUUUUAGUGUUGAUGGGACUAGAUUCUCUACUGGUGGAGCUGAUGGAUGCCUUAGAAUAUUUGAGUGGCCAAGCAUGCGCAUCAUCUUAGAUGAACGAAGAGCUCACAAGUCGUUUCAAGACAUGGAUUUUAGCUUGGACUCAGAAUUUUUAGCUUCAACAUCAACUGAUGGUUCAGCGAGAAUAUGGAAUACAAGUGAUGGUACUCCAAUUACAACCUUGACACGAAACUCUGAUGAGAAGAUUGAACUUUGCCGAUUCUCUAAAGAUGGGACAAAACCAUUUUUAUUUUGCUCUGUUCAAAGAGGAGAUAAACCACUGACGGUGGUUUGGGAUAUAAGCACCUGGAAAAAAGUUGGGCACAAGAGGUUACUUAGAAAGCCUGCUUCAAUAAUGUCUAUUAGUUUGGACGGGAAAUAUCUUGCUCUGGGGACCAAGGAUGGAGAUAUAUGUGUUGUAGAAGUGAACAAUAUGGAGGUCCGCCACAGGAGUAAGAGGCUUCACUUGGGUUCUGAUAUCGAAUCAUUGGGUUUUUGUCCUACUGAAAGGGUAGUACUUACUACUUCUAAAGAAUGGGGGGCAAUGGUGACGAAACUGACUGUUCCUGCUGAGUGGAAAGAAUGGCAGCUUUAUUUACUACUCUUGGGAAUGUUUUUGGCAUCACUCGUUGCAUUUUACAUAUUCUUCGAGAAUUCUGAUUCGUUCUGGAACUUUCCUCUCCCGAAUAACCAAGCUGCAAGGCCCAUAAUCGAACCCUUUUUGGGCGAUCCGCAAUCUGAUCAACAUAUUUGGGACCACGUGGACCUCUAAAUUUAUGUUCAAUUUUUUUUUUUGGAUACCUUUUUUAGUAGAGGUGAAGAUCAAGGAUUUUGUUUUUGGAUUCAAUAAACCUUAUUUUAGUUUCUUUUCUUGACAGUAAAAUUAUUUUACUGAUUAGAGAAAUUUUACUUCUAGGGGGAUUUUUAUUUAUUUAUUUAUUUUUUAUUAUUUUGGAUGUUGCUGUGUAGUGGUGAAAUUUGUAAUUUUCUGUGUUCUCUUUCUGUUGUUUUAAAGGAUUUUGUGUAAUGUUUUCUACUGAAUUUGAUUAAGCUUGUUUGAUUUCAGAUUAUUGUUUGAACUCGAUUUGUUGAUGUAACGAAUCAAGUCUGGAAACAUAUUUUUGUUCUUU